GGCGGUAGGCUAAAGGUUAGCAUGAUAUGUUCCUACUUUUUUUAAAAUGUUCUACACUAAGUUAUUUUAAGAAGAUACCGAGUCACAUUUAGGAGUAUUUUUUUUACUGACACAGCAGGAAGAAAAAUGCAUCUGCCGAAAGACACUUGAACCUCCUGAACAAUGGUCUGAGUACACAAGCAAAACAUCCCAGCAUCACUUCUACAAUGACCUCCCCAGAGAAAGAGAAAGAGGUUCCUGAUGUGCAGCGACGCUUCGUCUUUGGAAGCAGUGUUACCAAACCACAGCCUCCUUACAUUCCGCCGCAUGACGAUGCUGAGCCACAGGAGCCGGCUGAAUGUUAUUCAACAGAGACAUUAUGUCUGAGCAGAUCUAAUCUCAAACAAGUUCCAGACAGUGUUUUGAAAAAUACCACACUAAAGUAUCUAAGUCUUGAAGGCAACCAGAUCAUCAGUAUCCCAGCUUCAUUGUUCAUCGACUUGCCAAACCUGCAGUGGCUGGACCUCAGAAAAAACCAAAUUGUGUCGCUCCCUGCUGAAAUUGGCUCACACAGGUCUCUGAAAACCCUUCUGCUUGAAGGAAAUCCUCUCUCAGAACUGCCACCGGAGCUGGGGAAUUUGAUUACCCUCAAAGGUCUGAACUUGAGGGACUGCCCCAUCCGUUUUCCUCCACAAGACAUCGUGCACCAAGGACUACAGUCCAUCCUUCAUUACCUGAGGAGUGCUAUGGCUAAACGACCAGUUAGCGCAAAGAAGACCCCCGAAGAGCUGCCAGUGGUGGAGAAGCUCCAGCUGUCAGAGCUGACGGGGUCCAACGUGGAGGAGCAGGAUGAAGCCGUGGACAAGGACGAGCUACAGAAGUUCAUUGAACUCAAAAAUAAACUGAUCCUGCUGGACAAAGCCGAGCUGGGUCCAAAGUCGCGACUUCUACCUACCACCAAAAAAAAAAGGACAACUACCAAGGCCGGCAUAAUUCCUGAGCUCGCCCUGUCUGACACUCAGCAUUGGAGGAGGCCGGAAGAGAGGAGACAGGCUGCAAUAAAGGAGCUGAAAGAGAAUCAGGCUAUCUUCGAGCAGAGAAGAAAAAACCAAGAGGCUCUUCAGAAGUGGCGUACGCAAGCCAAAAUCACGCAGGAGAAGAAAACAUCGGAGUACAAAAAAAAGAAGCAGGAAAGACAAAGAAAGCAAGAGGAAGCAAAUUCAAAGCCCGAUUUGGAGAGCAGCAGUGGCACAUCCAUCACAGAGUGUGAAGAGGACAGAUCAGCCCGGCGGCUGGAGCGGCAGAUACACGCACGUGUCGUGAAGAUACAGGAGGGACGCCGGAAUCCCAGGGGCACGGCGACCGAGCAGAUGGCAGCGGCAGAGGAGGACAUAGAAGAGAUGAGGAAGCUGCAGACGCGGCUUCUAGACAAAAAGAGAAAUCAGGGAAGGGAUCUCGGAAAAUCUAUCAUGAUCUACACUGAAGGCACCUGGCCGAGCUUUCUCGAUAAGUGACAGGGAUUACCCACCUGCUGUUGAAAUGUUUUGAUGUUGGAUUCAUACGAAAAAUUCAGUGGAAGACUAAUCCCUCAUGAAUGACCGUUGUAAUGCUCAUAUCAUAAAAAUAAACAUCUCAAGUCUCCUCCUGGGCAAA